GCGUCAGGGCCGCGCCCCGCGCGACGACGCUGCCGCGCGGCCCCGCCCCCAGGUCCGACAGCCUGGAAGCUGCUGGAGUUUCCGUGCCCUGCAACCGGCGCGAGACGCGCACUGUGCAGAGGCCGCCGUGGAAGGCGGCUCCCGGCUCUGGCAGGCGGCUGCCCCCAGACCCGCAGUGCCAUGCGCAGGUGCUUGCGCCCAUUCUUUAGUUAGCGAUCUUUUGGUUAGGAACGCAGGUGGACCUGCUUGUUGGCCGUUUGCAUUCCGGAGUCUGUGCCUCUGGCCAAGGCUUGUCGGAUGGUCGUAGGGCUUCCUCGUUGGUUCGGAUGCCUAGUGAUUUAGCUUACUGCAGACGCCAGGAGCAAACGCUCGCGGAGAUCGCGGUCCACUCUGCUUUGAGGGCUUUCACAGGGGCAGGCGCUGCUAUUUCCUCGCAUUUUCCUCGAGGAAAUGGGCACAGAGAGGUUAGUCGCGUGCUGAAGGUCACAAAGCGGGCGGGUGGGCAAGUCAGGAUCUGGCUCCGGGCCUGCAGCCUUGGAGCUUGGGCCCCAGUGCGCGCCCUGCCUCUGUGGCUCUGCCUGUGGAUCGCAGUCGCAGUCUCGUUCCCUAUGGGGCCUCUAGCCUCCCAGCCUGGAGCUAAUCCUGGGAGAUGCGUGGCAGUGGGCACUGGCUUUGCCGAUGUGGAGACCAGACUUCAGAGACUGUGUCACCUGACUUGGUCUGCGCAGCCGGUGCACGCCAAGCUCGCGUGCAGACGAAGCUCCAGAGGCCUGGCUGUCAGGAGAGUACCUCCCCGAGGACACACAUACAACCUUCUGGACCUCCAGGCUUCAGACUUUCAAAACUCCCAUAUACAGGAAAGCCCCCAGGACGCAGCCAGCAGCUCGGGUCAUGGGUGCACCCAUCACAGCAGUCCUGGGCGAAACAGUGAAUAGGAGCUGUGUGUCUCUGGUCGUUACAGUUGUAGUAAAUGUUCCCUGUAGUAAGAGUCCCCUUCGGAAGAUAUUUGCCAUAUUUUCAACAAAGGACUCUCCAGGAUUAAUGAGCGUCUACAAGUCAGGAAGGAAAAGGCUGACAACCCAGGUUUUUUUAAAAACGGGCAAAGGACGUGAACACACACUAUGCAAUGACCCAGAGUGCACACAUCAUCAUUUCGCCCGGGAAUGGGGCGCCCGAGCCCCCAGGCGGCUGAACUUGAGACUUGUCACGCCAGUGUUGGUGGAACACAGAGCAGCUAGAGGUCACGUGCUGCAGGUGGGCGUGUAACUCCGCAGGGCCAAGCCCUUUGGAAAGCUGUAGCAUAUGCGUGAGGGUCCAGAAAGUCCCAAGAGAAAGUGUGUGGAUGCACCUACCAAGGACACACCCACAGAGGCCACAGCUGCGAUUUCAUAGUGUGGGACCCCACUGGCAAAGACACACUGGCUGCUGUGGCCAUGGUUUCUGUCCUAGCCAUCUAUUUCCAUAGGAAAAGGUAACGGGCAUAAGCAGUUUCCAGGAGAAAUACAAAUGGCGAGAGUGGAGACAGCGUACGUGUCCAUCAGCAACAGAAAGGAUCAACACGUUGUGACCCGUGCCUGUAUAUUCCGCGCUUUGCGCACCUACUGGAAUUCGGAGAGAAGAACCACGAGGUGUCCAUGACUGCCCUGAGGCUCCUACAGAGGAUGAAGCGGGACUGGAUGCACACAGGCCGGCGCCCCUCAGGCCUCUGCGGAGCAGCACUCCUAGUUGCAGCCAGAAUGCAUGACUUCAGGAGGACUGUGAAGGAGGUCAUCAGUGUGGUCAAAGUGUGUGAGUCCACGCUGCGAAAGAGGCUCACGGAAUUUGAAGACACCCCCACCAGUCAGCUGACCAUAGAUGAGUUCAUGAAGAUCGACCUGGAGGAGGAGUGCGACCCCCCCUCAUACACGGCUGGGCAGAGGAAGCUGCGGAUGAAGCAGCUUGAACAAGUCCUGUCAAAAAAACUGGAGGAGGUUGAAGGUGAAAUAUCCAGUUACCAGGAUGCAAUUGAGAUUGAACUAGAAAACAGCCGGCCAAAGGCCAAGGGGGGCCUGGCCAGCCUGGCGAAAGAUGGCUCCGCUGAGGACACCGCGUCCAGCUUGUGUGGCGAGGAGGACACGGAGGAUGAGGAGCUGGAGGCCGCGGCCAGCCACCUGAACAAGGACUUAUACCGGGAGCUCCUUGGUGGCACCCCCGGCAGCUCGGAAGCAACAGGAAACCCCGAGUGGGGCGGCAGACCUCCGGCCCUUGGGUCCCUGCUGGACCCCCUCCCCACUGCGGCCAGCCUGGGCAUCUCAGAUUCGAUCCGCGAAUGCAUCUCCUCUCAGUGCAGCGACCCCAAAGAUGCUUCGGGAGACGGCGAGCUGGACCUCAGUGGCAUUGACGACCUGGAGAUUGACAGGUACAUCCUGAAUGAGUCGGAAGCCCGCGUGAAGGCCGAGCUGUGGAUGAGGGAGAACGCCGAGUACCUGCGGGAACAGAGGGAAAAAGAAGCAAGAAUAGCCAAAGAGAAGGAGCUUGGCAUCUACAAGGAGCACAAGCCCAAGAAGUCUUGCAAGCGACGGGAGCCAAUUCAGGCCAGUACCGCCAGGGAGGCCAUCGAGAAGAUGCUGGAGCAGAAGAAGAUCUCCAGCAAGAUCAACUACAGCGUGCUCCGGGGCCUCAGCAGCGCCGGCGGGGGCAGCCCGCACAGGGAGGAUGCGCAGCCCGAGCAUAGCACCAGUGCCAGGAAGCUGUCACGAAGGAGAACGCCGGCCAGCAGAAGUGGGGCUGACCCUGUGACCAGUGUGGGGAAAAGGUUGAGGCCUCUGGUGUCGACGCAGCCAGCAAAGAAGGCGGCCACAGGAGAGGUUUUGCUCCCAAGCUCUCCCGCCCUCAGAGCUGAGCCUGCCAGGCCCCAGGCGGUCCUGGUGGAGAGCGGGCCUGUGUCGUACCAUGCUGAUGAGGAGGCUGAUGAGGAGGAACCUGACGAGGAGGACGGGGAGCCCUGCGUCAGUGCCCUGCAGAUGAUGGGCGGCAAUGACUACGGCUGUGACGGCGAUGAAGACGAUGGCUACUGAAGCGUGGCCUCCAGGCAGGUGGCGUCCUGGCGGGGGGCCUCACAGGCCUCCUCAGCAUCAGAUGGGCUUACAGGACUGCAGCAGGCAGGCCCCAGCACCAAGACUCCUGGUGACAGGUGGCACCUGCCCCACAGCCCUGUCCCCUGUGGAACUUGCCAUUGGGAUUGUGUUUCUAUCCAGCAAGGGAAACCGGACCAAGCGUCUGCUUGUGUGUGAUCAGAUGUGGGCCUGGUGUGCACAGGGCUAGGUCCCGCUGCCUGCCGUCGACUCACCCAAGGACCCUCCAAGGCCGGCAGUGUCGUGUUGCUACUGGAAGGAAACAGGCUUAGGGCAGCCCCACCACUGGUCCACGUGUGGGAGGGCUGAGUGUGCUGGCCCUGUGACUCAGGACCAGCUCUGGAGUCUCCAGCCGCCCUCCGCACCGUCCCUCCUGAGCGGCGCUCGGCACCAGUGGCCUCCGCCAGAGAGGAAGCUGGAGCCCUGCAGUUGUCUGGCGCAGCCGUGGGAGCUGAGGGUCUGGCACCUGAGAGGCAGCAGCUCUCCUGCGACCACACUGUCUGAAGGUCAUCUGGCUCCAGCUGUGGCCCUGCAUCCAGAUACCUGCCUCCUCCAAGUCAGGCACCGCCACCCCUGCGUCCUCCAGACCCCCUCCCACUGCCUGCACCGCCUGGAGCAGCGUGGGGUUCAGACUUCUGCCUCAGGGACACUUGGGUUGUGUCCCCAGGAGCCCUGCGGCUGCCGGCAGGUGAACUGAGUGCCCGACAGCUGAGACCGGCGCCCACCCGCCCUGAGCAUAACUAGGCAGUGCGGGCGUGGCCGGCAUAGUGUCUUGGUGUUGGGAGUGCCCUGUGGACAGAGCCGGAGGGCAGUGGCGCUCCUGUCAGAGUUGGAUCAGGUCCCCCAUCCAGGAGAGAGGGCAGAGGGAGGCCUGAGAGCCUCCCCAGGGCCUCUUCAUGGGAAGGUCCCAGGACCACCCAUAGGGGGUCUCAGCUCUGGCAUGGCUGCCCUGGAUGUGGCCAAGGAGGGGGCUUCACCCUGUGUCCCUAGGAGAGGGUGGCCUGGAGGCAGAGCUGUGCCACACUGACCCCCGGAGGCUGCAUCCUCCCCAUGGAAUGGGCUGUUGUCCUGCCCCCACUUGGCCCACAGCAGGCCAGACCCCCCAUACCCCCGCCCAGAGCUCAGCAGCCAGCCUGGGUCCUGCCAGGGCUUCUCGAAGGCUCGGGGGAAGAAUAGAUUUAGUAAAGCAGAAAGAUCUGUGGUUACUUAACAGAAA